AUGAAUGAAGCGCGCGCAAGGUUUUUUUUGAAUCUCCGACAGUCGAUUGAUCCAUUGCUACGAGUUUUGUCUAAUAAGUCGGCACCACCACCAUCGUUGGGACUCGCUUUCGAUAUCUCUGGAAUGCCACCAGCAACACUUAAAUCAUCUGCAUUGACGUAUGGAAGUGUUGGAGAAAUGAUCAAAGAUUUCAGCAUCGUUUUCGGAGUGCCAAAAUACCGUACAAGCAAACCCAAAAAAGUUACACGCAAGUUCUCAUUCACCCGUCUCCUCCAACCAAUUGAUAAUCUGGUUACGUGCCCAGCGUGUUCGAAUAUUCAUCCAUCAGACACUAUUUGUGAUGCUUGCUAUUCCAAAGUUCAUAAAUUGACAUCAGAAAUCAAGAAAAAAAUGAUGGAGUAUAAUCCCUAUGUUGGGGAGAAGCAGGACAGAGAAGUUUACGUCAAGUUUAAAGGAGAAUCAGAGGCACCGGCUGCAGUUGUGAAAGGAAAACGAGUUAUUGAAUUGGAGAAGGAUAGACCGACGUGGUUCAAAAAGCUAACAUUGAAAGAAUAA